UCGACACACUCGAUCCACUGGGUCCCUCGCAGCAGAACAGAAAAGCUGUAGAGAUUUCCUUUGAAGUGGCCCCAGCUUGUAAGAACACCAUCCCACAAAGCAUUCGGCAUGGAAAUUUGAUUAGCUCUCACUUUAUUUUGGCUCCACACCACUUUGAGACCUUGUCUUCAGCUCACAUUUGGGGCUGAAGCUUGAUCCCAUAUAAAUAUCAGAGGCAUCAGCGAGCAGAGGGACACUCACGAUCUGGCAGCUAAAGGAGACGAUUCGGACUUAAGCCAUGGAUGUACCCCGACCAUUCCUUCUCCUCCUGUGCGCCCUCCACCUGACCUUGACCGGCGUGCUGAGCAAACACAUAGACCACAGAAACCUGUUCACACAGAGAGUGUGCUGCAAAAGACAGAGCCACUUUGUCUACAUUGGACAAGACAUCUCUGGGAGUCCUGUCAGUGUUGAUGUGGGCAUGUGCAGGUCGCACUGUGGGGGAGCCUCCAGCAGGCCAUCACACGAAGCAGGACAGCAGGAAUAUUCCAAACAUUCCUCAAUGCUGGAAUUUCUCAGGAGCAAAAAAAUGAGGACUCGCGGAUCUGCAGCUCCAGAGAGCUCGGAGCCCCAGAACCAGCUGCCCUCCUGCGGUGUGAACCAGCUAUGCGAGCCGACCGGGAUGCGCGUUGACCGGGUGCUUUUGUUCGAGGGCCCCCGAGAGGUGGAGGUCAUCGAGGAGUGCCACUGCGAGAUCAAGCUGACCCAGUGCAUCCGUGUGCCAGCACUGAGGACUUAUUACUCUGAGACACCGUAUGAGACAGUCAUCGACGUGGGAGGAUGCUCCAAUUCGAAGGGCUCACCAGAGGGAUUCUCCUGCGUCCCGACAAAGUUUGACUCAGCCUUGGUGGAAACCCCCAACAAAGCGGACCUCAUCCCGACCGUGGUGACCUGUGAGCUGAAGGAAAGCUGCUACCGGGUCCCAUAUGUGGAGUAUUACUAUGAAAUAAUCCACCAUGCAGAUGGAGUCAAAGAGGAGAGGCUUAAAGAAAUAGAUGUGGGCAGAUGUUUGGGAGGCUGCACCACAGGAAACCGAUGCCUUCUCAGGAGUCCUUCUGAUCCAGAAAUCUGCCACUUAUGGUCUGAAAAACAGUCCCGCUCCUGCGUCCCUCAGGGCUACGAGAGCCACAGCUUUCUUAACCAGCAUGGACAGAUACGCACCGUCCUCUCCAUCACUUCCUGCCUUUGCCAGAGCUGAACACCCACCCCCCAACAGAAAGUUACCUCUGAGCCCCUCUCAAGAGUUGAAAUGUUUUCAUUCACAGUAGCUGCAGCCUAUCGAUGAUGACCCCACCAGAUACUGUAACAGUUGUUUUAAGAAUUUGCUACCCUAGAGUAUUAUUGUAUUAUAUGUAAUAUAUGUAAAAAUGAUAAUUUUGUAAAUAAAUCUAA